UUUGUUCAGUAGCUUCCUGCAACACUUGAAAUUGACAGCGUCCGCAUUAAUAAGCAUUCUGAAGGGCUGGACAGUGAGACCUAUGCGUGAGACACGGUGUGUUUUAAUAAAAUGAAUGCUCGUGUGAAAGUCAGCGGAAGGGAGCCGAUAUCACUAGCGUCCAGAUGUGUCGAGGCUGCGCUCGAGACGGCGCUGCGCAGGGCAUUUGAGGUGGCGCUUGAGAUCGCGAUCAAUGAGUUCAGCAGACUUCUGGAGAAUAGCGAGAAACAGCGGGAGAACAACCAUCUCACAUUACCAACACAGCAUCUCGAGCAUGGGGAAUCAAAUCAGAGCAGCUCUUACAGUUUGCGAGAAGAUACACCGCAGAAACACGAUGAAGUACAUGCAUAUGUGGAUGAGAGUGAAGGGCUGGUGAAAGGAUCUUUUCACGAAAUCUCUCAUGAUGGUCGUGUACGAUCACAUGAAAUUAACACAUCGCCUAUACACGAGCAAGAUACAUCAGACCAAAAGGAGCUCAGCAUAGAACUCAUACAAGAUGUAAAUCCAAGCGAUCAAGGCGUAUCAUUUCAUCCUGCAAUUGAGCAAGUUAAGGUGAAAAGUGAGAAGUCCGAUCCAGAGGAACUUGCACUGAAUGACAGCUCUGGAUGUGGUUCUCCUUAUUCCAGUCCAGACUAUAGUUUUGACUCAACUUGUAAUGAGGAGUUUGUGCUCAACAGAAUGACUUUAGUUCCGCCAAAACUGCUAGAAGACUGGAAGCCUGCUCCGGAGAAGUCACAGAACAAGACCGAACCUUUGGAUCAAGAACCCAGCAACAGUCACGGCUCCUCAAAAAUCAAUUUGCCAUCCGGUGGCUGCAUCUCUCUAGUCUCUAACCCGUUUCACGAUCUCUACCUAUCAGAAGACGACAGGACAUCCCUCACGCAGCCAACGCAAAACUGUAAUGAGCAGAAUCACAGAACCAUAUUAGUGAAUGUGGAAGAAGGCACUGUCGCAACCCGGCCGAGAAAGCAACAGCUUUUCCCUCCAGGGUGCAGCCCGUAUCACUGCAGCAUGUGCAGCCGAGACUUCAAUCGCCUGGAGAACCUGAAGACUCAUUUAAGGAUACACACUGGUGAGCGUCCGUACAGUUGUUCAUUGUGCGGGGUCCGGUUUCGGCACUCGGGGGCGCUGACACGGCACUUCCGCAUUCACACGGGGGAGAAGCCGUAUGUGUGUGAAGAGUGUGGGAAGAGUUUUAGAAACUGUGGAGGUCUGCGCUACCACCAGAAAUCACACCAUCCAUGUACUGUCUUUGAAACAUCACGCGCAUAAAAUGAUUUCGUUGGUCAGUUUUGAUAGAAAUCUUGUUGGCGUGUUCAGUCAGGUUUGAGGUUCUCAACAACUCGGAACCAUCUGUAGGGGAGAGCCUGGCUAGGUGUAACACACAUGGUUUAAAAGUUUCCACACAUGCUAGCAUGUUGAAACUUAUUGUAAUUAGCAGUUGCCACAAAAAAUUGCUCUAAAAUACAGUCAAAUCUGAUAUUAUUUUAAUCUUAAAGGGUUAGUUCACCCAAAAAUGAAAAUUAAGUCAUUAAUUACUCACCCCCAUGCUGUACCAACCCCGUAAGACCUUCGUUCAUCUUCGGAACACAAAUGAAGAUAUUUUUGAUUAAAUUUGAGAGCUGUCUCACUACCUCACUUUACACAAACUGAGAAAGUCAAAAAGUGUUAGGUUGUGCCCUGCUCUCCCCUAGUUCUUCAGUUGAACCUUGCUGGGAAUUUGAUAUUUUUAAGCCUUAGACCGUGAAACAUCAACAGCUAAUAAAGUUGUGUGUUUGUGUGAAAACGUUGUUAUUGUUUUAUCUGGAUUUUGAAAUGUGAUCUGAUCUUUGUCUAAAUAACGUGAACACCUUGAUAACCAUGAACUGCACUGUAUUUGAAAGGCCCAAUUAGAAAUGUGAUGAUAUUACAACUAGGCUGAGUAAAUUUUUAGGCGUGUAAUUAUUAAAUAUGCAUUUGAAACAUUUAGUUGUCCAAAGU